AAACAGGUCAACUAAUUGAAGAUGAAGAUGUCGAUUAUCGAAAAGUGAAUUUAAAAAUGAAACUUCAAAGAUUUAUGGAAUCUGGUCCAAGUUUAAAAACAAGAAGUAUGAAUAGAUUGAAUAAUAUUAUUGAGAAAAUAGACAAAAUUUUAUUAAAUGCCUCAUCUGCAAAAUCACCCGUUGAUCUUGAACUUGCGGUAACGGAUCAAAAUCUAUCAUUAGUAACAACUAAUCCAAAAUAUGAGCGAGAUAAAAAAAAUUUGAAGCCAGCAGAAAUAUUUAAGGAUAGUGACGAUACAUUAAAUUCAACAUUUACUGAUGAAGCAAUAGAAAUGCAAAUUAUUGCACGUGAGAAAAAACCUUGGACCGAAAGAUCAAAGAGCGCUAAAGCUCUAAGAUCACCAAGACGAAUGGAGGAAGAAUUAUUAAAAACAUUUUCUGACAGUGCUGUUAUUUGUAGGGAAAAGAAAUUUCAAAAGAAACAUCGCGAAGAAGAUGUGGUGAAUUAUUUUGAAAAUUUCAAUAAAACAGAAAUGAUUUCAAUAUAUGAAAAUCAGAGAAAAAAUUUAACAUCCGGUUCAUCUGGUUCGGUGAUUAUUCAUCAAUAUGGAUUUCCUGAUAAAGAACAACGUCCAGAGAGUCCAGACAGUGAUGGAACGUAUGUUGUUGAAAAAGGUGAUUUAGAAAAAAAUGACGACUUUCAUUUUGGAAGUGGAAGUUCAAUUAAAAGUAAUGUCACAUUUACUGUAGUUAGCGAAAUUGCUUCUUCAAAACCUAGAAAGAAAAAGUCACAAGUGCAAUAA